CGGAGUCACCGACGACGUAUAUAUGUUAUACAGCGCGCUCGCUCAUACGCAUACAUUCGUGCGAACGAGAGAGAAAGAGAGAGGAGAUAAAACGGAGCGAGCGAAUGACUCGUUCACGGCGUCUAUAUAUCUGUGUUUACUGCUGAAGCUUUUUCAGCUAUACAUUUGUUUGUAUACACGCAGCGCAGCGCACGAAUUUCCCUCCGCAUCUGCUGCUGCUGCUGCUGUCUCGUCGCGCGCGGAGUUUAUUGAACGCGCGGCGCGGACCGCCGAGUUCUCUGUGUGCGUGUGUGCAGUACUGUGUGCUACACAACACAGUAGCUUUACAACACUGAGUGCACCGCGCUCGCUUUAAUACUCCAGUGCCGAGUAUAUACACAACACAUCGAUUCUCAUCCACGCGAAGUAGAAGAGGCUGUGCAGCAGCGGCAGCAGCUGCACAACGCGUUUUUAUAACUUCGUGUGUGCGUGUAUCUAUUAGUGUAUAGCUCUGCUCGCGUAUCAUCCGCCGCCACCGCGCCGACGACGACAGUUCCAGUUUCGAGGAACACGUAGUACAUUAUAUAUCGCGAUCUCCUCCAAAAUAUGCAGUUUCGAUGGACGCGUCAUUGUAAGAUGUUGUCUUCUGCCAGUACAAGUUGUGCGUGCUGCUGCUGCUACGUUAUACGCCGAGUUUAAAGGGGGAAAAUAAAGUUCUCUCUCGGAUUCUUGUAUACAUUGAUAAAACUCGAUAUAUCUUCUCUCUUUCGCGACGACGACGACUAUAUUACAUGCGUGUGUGCGUAGAGGGUUAAAUGGUGCGUAAGUGAGAAGGAAGAGAAAGAAAAAGAGCUGAUCCCCCAGCUUCUGCACGAGCUAAUUGUCGAGAGCCUUCGUCCAAAUAUGACAGAUUUUAUUUGUAAAAUGACGGGGCAAUCUAGCUUUUCAAAGAUUGACUUUAAUAAAAGAACUAGUUCUACUGAUGAUGAUUCCAGUGAAGAUGACAAACUUCCUGAACCACAAGAUCCUGAGAACGAUCCAGAUUUGUUCUUCGAUAUCGGUGCUAGAGAACACAAUCCACAAUCAGAAGACACAGUUGAUGAUGUUUGUUUGACUGCCCCACCUGAAAAUCAUUCCAGGAAAGAUGAGAAUGAAAAGAAAAGAUGGUAUCACGGGCGACUAGAUCGCUUCACUGCGGAGGAGCGACUAUGGGACGCCAGCAAAAUCGGAAGCUACCUGGUGCGAGAGAGCGAUCGAAAACCAGGCAGCUAUGUGCUCUCUUAUUUAGGCAGAACGGGAAUAAAUCAUUUUCGCGUGGCUGCCGUUUGUGGAGAUUAUUACAUAGGAGGACGUCAAUUCAAUAGUUUAACCGAUCUAGUGGCGUACUACACGAAUUGCUCGGAUCUGCUGAAACGCGAGCGGCUCUUGUAUCCGUCGCCACCGCCGGAACCCGUCAACGACAAGAAACGCAUGGUCGCCAUAUUGCCCUACACCAAGAUGCCCGACACCGACGAGCUGAGCUUCAAAAAGGGCGACAUCUUCUUCGUGCACAACGACAUGGGCGAGGGUUGGCUCUGGGUCACGGCCCACAGGACCGGCGAGCAGGGCCUGAUAUUCUGCGAGCUCGUCGAGGAUCUCGACGACUCGAUCGAUCCCAACACGGUGUUCUCGUGGUUUCAUCCGAACGUCACUAAGAGCGAGGCCGUAGACAUGCUCGUCAAAGCUGGCCCUGGAAGUUUUUUGGUGCGACCUUCGGACAACAGCCCUGGAGAUUAUUCUUUAUUUUUCCACAUCAACAAUCAAAUACAAAGAUUUAGAAUUGAAAAGAAAGGCGUUAGAUAUUUGAUGGGAGGGCGAACAUUCGAGUGUCUGGAUGCCGUUAUUAACAGAUAUCGAAAGGAACAAAUUGUCGAAGGACACACGCUGGUUCAACCGAUGACAAACGAUACGGAAGACUCGUCGAGAAUAACCAGCUUUCAACAGGCUGAAAAAAUUUACGCCACUCUGAGGGAAUGCAGAGAACAGUCGGGCGUGAAAAAGAACAAAGGAAUUAAAAUGCAGGGAUAUCUGGAUAAGAAGUCGGAAAAAAUCAAAAAAUGGAAAGCGUUAUAUUUCGUGUUGUUGGUCGACGGCACCGACACGCAUCUUUAUUUAUAUGAAAAUCCAAAGAGAACAAAGCCAAAGGGACUGAUAGAUUUGAGCUGUGCCUACAUAUAUCAGGUUCACGAAAGUAUUUUCGAUCGACCUCAUUGUUUUCAAUUAGUUGAACGAGCACUGCCAUGCUUAGCCACGAUUACUUAUUUAUCGGCUCCUAAUUCCGAAGUAGCUAUGGAUUGGAUCAACGCACUUAAACCUUUAUGCGUCUCUCAGCUCACGAGAACACCAAAAGUUGCACGCCUCCAAGAGCUGCGCUCGUUACAUUUGUCAAUAAUAGAUGCUCACAUGCUACCGUACAAAUUAGUACCCAAUCCGUUUAUCAUGGUCUCGCUGAACAAUGUUAAAGUUGCUCGCACAAAAGUCAAGAUGAGCCCGCACGUACCUUGGGACGAGGAGUUUGUUUUGGAUGACUUACCACCCGAUGUCAUGUCGUUUACGUUAUCGCUGUGCAAUAAAGGAAAACGAGGAAAAGAUACCGAGGCUGCCGAGUUGACCGUUGAACUGUGCAAUCUCGCUAAUGGCGAAGAAAUAGACGAGUGGUAUCCUCUGGCUGGUAUAACGCCGAUUGGGGAUUGGGGAGCUUUGCGGCUAAAAUUAAGAUAUCAACACGAUCUUGCUAUGCCUCCCGAAGAGUACAGCCCUCUGCAGCAGCUACUUUUGGAUUCCGAUUUGCAAGUGGUAAAAGCACUGUCGGAUAUCUGUCAUCUUGACAGAGUUCCGCUUGCCAAUAGCUUGUUAAAGAUUUUCAGGCACGAGAAUAGAGAGACUGACCUUUUACGAUCGCUCAAUAAAGCAGAGAUUGAUAAAGAAAAUGAUACUUCCACACUAUUCCGGGCUGCAAAUUUAACUACAACUCUGAUGGAUUUGUAUAUGAAAUCAAUUUGCACAGUAUUUUUAAAAUCCGCUCUGCGUGACACAAUCACAAAAUUGAUCGAAAGCAAACAAAGCUGUGAAUUGAAUCCAACAAAAAUGGAUUCACCCGAGGACGCCUGCAACAAUGCAGAGUACCUUUUACAAAUUUUAGACGAAGUGACUUUGAGCAUUUUCACGAGCUCUGAAAAAUGCCCAAAAAGCUUACGAUACAUAUUCUCUUGCCUUCAACGCGCAGUUUUAACAAAAUGGCCUCAUGAAAGAUUGGUGCGCACGAGGGUCGUAAGUGGAUUCAUAUUUUUGCGGUUGCUCUGCCCCGCAAUUUUGAAUCCAAAAUCUUUUAAUUUAAUUGAAGAAUCACCAUCGCCGAUGGCAACGAGAUCACUGGUUAUGGUGGCAAAAUGUUUACAAAAUUUAGCUAAUCUUGUGGAAUUUGGAGGUAAAGAGCCGUACAUGGAAGUUGUUAAUCCAUUUAUUCUGAAGAAUAAAGAACGCAUGGUCGUAUUUUUAGAUCAACUCUCGAAUGUUAAUGAAAAACCAGAAGCUGAAAGCACUAUAAUACGAGACAAAACGCUAUUUGAUAUUGCUAAAGACCUUGCUAGUUUACAUCAAAUAUGCCUUCAUCAUACAAAAGAGUUGCAAGUCUUGUCGAAGCAUCAGCCUAUAAUCAAACAACUAGUUACAGUUACCGAAAUGUUAAACAAGCAUAAACAGAAAUAUGAAGAAAUGUUACGUUAAAGUAAAUAAAAUUAAUAGGCAUUAGCAGCCAUCAACAGUCUUCAGAUAUUUAAUAUUACAUAAAAUACAUAAAAAAUAAAAGUCUACCUUCUCAUGCUAUGAAAUAAA